AUAGAAGCUCCCCUAUUAAUGACCUCCUCAUCCCAACUAGCCAUCGUUUCUCUCGACUAUAUCGCAUCUCUGCCUCUGCCUGAGUCCUGAGAGAUCAGAUCGCUCAGGUUUCCCCAAUUCCUCCUCCUUCUUCGUCUCUAUCAUCACCAGAAUACCCAAUUUUGCAGCCAAAUUUUCUCAGUAGCUUUCGAUUCUUUACUCAGUUCUAGGUUAACACUUCAAUUCAACCCUACCGUCUACGAUUUACUGAUUCUUUCAACGAAAAUGUUAUCUAUUGGCUUAUAGGGAUUCUGAUAUUGUCACCGUUAGUCAACGUAGUCACUCUGUACCAAAUCUUCAUCAAGCUUUCAAAAUUUGCAGCUAUGGCGAUUCGGUUCACCGUCACCUACUCCGGCUAUGUUGCCCAAAACCUCGCAGCCUCGGCUUCCAACAAAGCCGGAGGUUGCCGAUUGUUUAACGAAUGCUUCGUCCGCUCUCGUUUCUUCUGUCACAACCAGAAGCCCGAAGUCGAUCCCCCCGCCGCCGCCGCCAGGAGCUACCACCAACAACCUGAUUUCCGCCGCCCGAAAUCGAGCUGUUCGACCCUCUCUGGUGAAAUCUUCGGCGAGAGUUGUAAGUCGCCGCUUCUUGUCGGCCUGAUUUCGUUGAUGAAGUCGUCGGCCAGUGUUUCGACUGCUUCGUCUAUGGGGGUUUUUGGGAUUUCGCCUGGAAAAGCCUCUUCGAUGAUCCCUUUUUUGCAAGGAUCGAAGUGGCUUCCUUGUAACGGGCCGAGUCCUGUCUCGGCUAGUAAUGAGGUGGAUAAAGGUGGAACACUGUGUAUCAAGAAUGAUUGUUCGGUGGAGGAGGAGGAUAUCUCGAAGGUGUAUAGUCGAACUCCAUUUGAGAAGACCAAUUGGCUUUCGAGGUUUUUCAAUUUUCGUUCUGAGGAUGCAAAGGCCGUCUUCACGGCGUUGACUGUUAGUAUCCUUUUCCGAUCGAGCUUGGCCGAGCCAAGAUCCAUUCCUUCGUCUUCUAUGUACCCAACUCUGGACGUGGGCGACCGGAUAUUAGCGGAGAAGGUUUCGUAUGUUUUUAGAAAGCCUGAAGUUUCAGAUAUUGUGAUUUUUAAGGCUCCUCCAAUUCUUCAGGAAGUUGGCUAUAGUUCGUGUGAUGUUUUUAUUAAAAGAAUUGUUGCAAAGGAAGGGGAUUUUGUUGAAGUACGUGAUGGUAAAUUGAUGGUGAAUGGUAUUGUGCAAGAUGAGGGUUUCAUUUUAGAGCCCCUUGCUUAUGAAAUGGAUCCAGUGCUUGUUCCUGAAGGUUAUGUGUUUGUGAUGGGGGACAACCGCAACAACAGUUUUGAUUCCCAUAACUGGGGUCCACUUCCAAUAAAAAACAUUGUUGGUAGGUCAGUUCUUCGUUAUUGGCCCCCCUCCAAAGUCUCCGACACUAUUUAUGAAUCACCCGUGAAGAAGGCUGAAGUUGCAUUCUCUUGACCUCACGUCCCUCCCCCCCCCCAAGUCUCCGACACUACUUAUGAAUCAUCUGUGAAGAAGGAUGCAGUUGCAAUCUCUUGACCUCAUGUCUGUCCUGAUGUUUGAAGAUUGGAGAGGGGAUUGCCAUAUAACUGUUCUCAUCCCCUUAAUUAUCUUACCAAUUAUUUUCCCCCACCCAUUUGGCUCAAUGUUGAGCAGUUUGUGAAUGUAUUUGACCUUUGCUGGCAAUAUAUUUUGCUUAUUUGGAAUAUAUGUUGGGAUGGAUCAUCUCAUCCAUCAGUGUGUGACAUAAAUGUUUGUCAAUGGCCUAACAAUCUGUUUUGGCAUUCUUUUCUGUAAUGACUUUGGAACUUAUUUCUGCAAAAACAAGUGGGAAAAACUGGAAGAAAAAGAUUCGGACCCUCAGGUCCUCUGGUUUGCUAAGAAUCUGUCUCUCUGUAGUGGUGUAAUGCUGUGGCAAUGAAAUUGAGUUUUGAGAGACCUUAUGAAUAAAAUGACUAUUUGGUAGUGGUUGUUAUUGUUAUUGUCAA